GUAGUUCAAACACAACAACACUCCCCACCUCCAGCGUAUGCAACAGUGGUAAAAGAGCAAAAUCAAAACAGUAUCGCACAACAGAACAGGGAAAAUUCCAAGCAAAAUAAUUCAGCCCAAAAAAACAACGACAAAAAGAAAAGGUCUGGAAAAAAUAGUAGUGUCGAAAAAGAAAAUAUUAUUAAAGUCGAAAAAGAAAAACAUAUCAAAGUCGAAAAAGAAAAUAGUAUUAAAGUCGAAAAAGAAAAAGAUAUUAAACAAACCAAUGAACCCAAUCCGAUAAAGGAAUUAGACCCACCUACAAAGAAAGAAGCAAAAGCUUCAUCUGGAUCUAAAAUUAAAAAGUCAAAAAAGACAGAUGAGAUUUCAAAAGAAAAGAAAACGGUUCCUACUAACAUUGAAACCGGAAAGAAUCCGGGUAAGUUAGGUGAAGAAGAAGCUAAUUCAACAAGAGCACUAGAUAUUGAUAAUGAAAGCGACACCAAAAAUAAUGUUAAAAUAAACGAAAAAGAACGAACUGAUACUAAAUCAGAAGAAAGAAAUAAGAGAAAUGUAAAAAGUCAAAUUAAAGACUUGAACACUUCACCCGAUAAAAAGGAUAUUGACACUAGACCCGAUACGAAGGAUAUCGACACUACACCCGAUAAGAAGAAUAUUGACACUUCACUCGAUAAGAAGGAUAUCGACACUACACCCGAUAAGAAGGAUAUCGACACUACACCCGAUAAGAAAGUAAUUAGAAAAGAAGAAGGUAAAGUACAAAAAAGUGAAACAGACAAUAAAGUAUUAGAUCAACAUGUUGACAUUAUCGAAAAUGACCAACAAAAUUCUAAAAUAUCGAAAUCUGAGAAGACAAAGACAAUCCCUAAACCUCAUGAAUACGGAUUAUUAGAUACAGAAGAAAUAAAUAAGCUAGGCAGAAAAACCGAGAAUACAAAUUCAGGAACAGAACAAAUACGCACUAAUGAAAAUAAAGAAAUUACAAAUGAGAUCGAGAAAUCGAUAACGUUCAAAUCUCCAAAACCUGAAAAUCGACAGAGAGGAAUAAAUGAAGACUUGAAAAAUGGAAAGAAAACUUUUUCUAAUACCAUUCCUCCAAUAUCAAAUAAACAAAACGAGGAAACUGCAAAAACGGACGAGAAGGAAGAUAAAAGAAAAGUGGAAACACACACGCAAAGGAAUCAAAAAGAAAUACAAUCUAAUAUGACAAAGGACAAGGAUAAAAAUAACAAUAGGGCAGACGUGCAUCAUAAAAGAUUAACAUAUUGUGAAAAACAAAGUGUAUUGACAAAAUCAGAAUCAAGUAACGAUCUUUUUGAAAACGAAAUAAGUUUUUUUGAGGAAAAUGAAAACAAGAUCCAGAGAGAAAAUGAAGAUUCCACUCUACAUAAUGAUAUGUCUAUGGAAUCCAAGGGCAUACCCCGUAAGUUGAGUGUAACUUCGAUUGCUAAUACAUUGCAGGAGAGACCACUUGCCCAAGAAAAAAAACAUGAAGACUAUUAUAAAACAUCAGACAUAAAUACUUCACGGCCAGACAAAGCUGCAAAAAUGGUAUUCAACAAUACCUUCUUUGAAAGUUUAAAAAAACAAACCCGGCAAAAACAGGAGCGAAAGGUAAUUCACUUGAAAAAUUCUGUAGUACCUAUACAAAGCAUUGAAAAUGAAAAUUCAGAUCAAGUGAGAGAGGAUAACAAAAUGGAAACAAAAAAGAACCAAAGUGACAAAAAUAAUCAAAAUGAAGACAAACGUCCAAUAGAUUUAACACCUGAAAAUAUGAAGGAAAAUGGGGAUAAAACUAUUUUAUCAAAAUCGGCACCAACGAUUUUAAACUUAAGAACCGGUUCUGAGCAACCAAAGCGAUCGACUAAUAGUACAAGCGAUCGUUCCGGUGAUACCUCUUCAAUAUUUAUCAUUUCAAGUGGCGCAACAAGCAAUUUCAAAAAAUCAAAAGAAAGGAAGAGGUUUAGCCUAAGCAUCAAACAGUAUGUUCAUGAAAUUAAAAUAAGUCAACCAAAACUUAAUGACGAACAGUAUGAAGAAAGAAUAGAAAACUUAAGGAAUAUUUAUCUUUCGCAUUCAAAGCAUGGUCAUAAUGGUCGAAACAUAGCUAGAGCGCGAACUCAGAUCGACUUCGAAAUGCAACAAAAACCAAUAUCAGUUAAAGAAAAUCCUUGGUUAGUUCAGCCUAAGAAAGGUGGUAUUGAAAUAAAAGGCAAUCAACAAGUAACUAAGGCAACAGUUUUGCGGAGAAUGCGUACCAUGGGUGUUCAGGAAAUUAGAGACGAGAGUAUUCCUUAUCUUAUUCCUAAAACACAAGCAUUUAGCAUAUUAAAAAUGAGAACUACAGUAUGCGAUGAAGAUCUUGCUAAAAGUCGUCGUCAGGUGCUACCGCCUUUGCGGGGAAUACAACGACAAGAACCUCCUGACCUUCCAAAUCUUUGGACGCCUUAACGAUAUGAUAGUUUAAAGACUGGUAUAAAAGUUAGCCUAAAUUUGCAAGAAAACGAUUGCCGUGUAAUCCUAUAAAAUUAAUAUAUUAUUAAUACUUUUUAUGUGUUGUUUUUUUUUAUCAAAUCUGUGAUAUUGCGUAGUUUGUAACUGUUGUCACUACAUUGUUCAAUUUAAACUCUUAUAUGCAAUUUGAUUAAAGUGAUUUUUCUUGUUAAGAUUAA